AUGGUUCACGUGCCAGUUCAUGCUCCCUCCAAGGGAGCCAGAGGCCAUCAGUCGGAUGUCCUGGCUGCUCAAGAUGAGGCACCGCAGUUCGAGAAAGUCACCUGGUACUCGGAUCCCAACCUGCGCAAACUCUAUGCUUGCUGCGCCGUGCUGAUGGUCGCUUCCGCUACCACUGGCUACGAUGGCAUGUUGGUUAACACCUCACAGCAAAUCGACGCCUGGGGUAAAGCGUUUCCUGAGAUCGACCCGAAUAGCCCAAUCGGUACACAGUACUUGGGUCUGCUAGUGAACAUGUUCAACAUCGGAAGCAUUAUCAGUUUCUUCAUGACUCCGUACGUAGCUGACAACUACGGACGUAAGACCGCAAUCGUCGUCGGAUGUCUCUUCAUGGUUGUCGGUGGCUGCUUGACUGCUUUCUGCAACGGCUACAACAUGUAUAUCGCUGGUAGAUUCUUCCUUGGUUUCGGAAACAGUUUCGCCCAGAUGUCCUCCCCUCUCCUCCUUACCGAGAUCUGCCACCCUCAACACCGUGGUCCCGUUACUGCCGUAUACAACUGUCUGUGGAAUGCCGGUGCUCUCCUCGUCUCCUGCAUUGGUUGGGGCACGGCCCAAAUCAAGAACGACUGGUCCUGGCGAUCAAUCACCUUCAUUCAGAUCGUCCCUUCGCUCAUCCAACUUGGCUUCAUCUACUGGAUCCCCGAGUCGCCAAGAUAUCUGCUCUCCAAGGACCGUGAAGAAGAGGCUCUCAACAUGCUUGCAUUUUACCACGGCUCUGGGGACUCCAACAACACCACUGUGCAGUUCGAGUUCCGCGAGAUCCGCGAGACGAUGCGCAUGGAGAAGGAAGCUGCUCGCUCGAGCGGAUACAUCGACUUCAUCCGCACCAAGGGUAACCGAUGGCGAUUGGCAAUUCUAAUCUCGCUUGGUAUCAUCUCCCAGUACAGCGGAAACGCUCUGUUCUCCAACUAUAUGAACACGAUCUACGCUGGCGCCGGUAUCACAGACCAGAACCAGAAGCUUGGUCUCAGCACUGGAAGGACCAUCUAUGACCUGAUCAUCACCAUCGUCGCUGCCAUGAACGUCGACAGAUUUGGUCGUCGCCCGCUGUUUCUUCUCUCCGCCGGUGGCAUGUGCUUCGCGUUCGUCUGCUGGACAAUCUGCGGUGCCAUCUAUGAGAACUCUGGCGGCUUGAACAGCUCGUCGGGUUAUGCCCAGCUCGUCUUUAUUUGGCUCUUCAGUGCCUUUUACGAUAUUGGUUUCUCUGGUCUGCUGAUUGCCUAUGCACUCGAGGUCCUACCAUUCAAGCUCCGUGCCAAGGGCAUGAUGAUCAUGAACAUCACUGUUCAGGCUGUCCUCGCGCUCGGCAACCAGACCAACCAGCUUGCAUGGAUCAACCUGCCUCACCACUGGAACUUCAUGCUGUUCUACACUCUCUGGGACUUCUGCGAGUUCGUCUUCGUCUACUUCGUCUACGUCGAGACCAAGGGCCCGACCCUGGAAGAGAUUGCCCGCAUUUUCGACGGAGAGGAGGCUGUGGCCCACAUCAACAUCCACCAGGUCGAGAAGGAGAUUCACACAACAAUUCACGAGGAGGAGAUUACUUCACCAAAGUCUGCCCUUUAG